UGCACUUCAGGUACAGGCUGGGGGACAGCGGAGCGGAAGCGCCUAGAGAACACGUGACCACAGGUGACACAGGAAGUGGCUCUGAGCAGUGGACCUUUACAGUACAUACACGCGCACGGAAGGAGACCAUGGAAAAGAAGCUGGUGAUCAUCGACACUGACUGCGGCAUAGACGACGCUCAGGCGAUAAUGAUGGCCUUGGCGGCGCCUAAUGUCGAGAUCCUGGGCAUCACCUGCGUGUUCGGGAACGCAGCGGUCGACAACGUGUGUCAGAACGUUCUGAGGGUGCUCUCAGUGUGUGAGCGUGGAGGGAUUCCAGUAUUCCGAGGCUCUCCCAGCCCUCUAGUCGGAGCUGGAAACUCACCCAGGGACCACUUUGGAAGCGAUGGACUCGGAGAUGUGAUAAAGGAGAAGGAUCCGCAGUGGGAGGAGAAAAUCCAAAAGGAGCACGCAGUUAAUGCAAUGAUAAGACUGGUGUCCGAAAACCAGAAGCAGGUGUCCUUGGUGGCCCUCGGCCCACUCACUAAUCUGGCGCUGGCAGUCAGACUUGAUCAGCAUUUUCCUCAAAAGCUCAGGGACCUGCAUAUCAUGGGUGGCAACAUGGAAGGAAAAGGAAAUCUGUCUCUGUGUGCAGAGUUUAACUUUGCCAUGGAUCCAGAGUCGGCCUAUAUCGUUCUCGAAGAGUUCCUCUGCCCUACUUACCUGGCAUCGUGGGAAUACGCGUGCAGAAACGCACUGUCGUGGGACUUCUUUGAGGAGCUCAUCAAUCAGGACGCUCCAGCUGCACGCUUCAUGAAGAUGAUAACGUCUAAAUGUUGGGCCUACUCCAAAGAGGCCAUGAUGAAAAAGAGAGAUGUGUAUUUUGGGCCGGGCUUUGUUUCUUAUGACGCCUAUGCGAUGGCUGCCUGCAUCGACAGCAGCGUGGUGACAGACAGCAUCGAGAGUCCCGUCCGGGUGGAGCUGCAAGGCUCCAUCGCUCGAGGCAUGAUGGUGCUGGAUCGCAUGAAUCAGCUGCAGAAGAGCCACAGUGUGUUUGUUCUGGCUAAAUGUGAUGCAGCCAAGUUCAGUGAGCUUCUGAAGGAGUCCCUCAGACAACCCUGUAAGAAGUAACGCUGGGACUUCCUUCAUUUUACAGCUAAAUGUGUAUUUGAGCAAAUUACUACAAAUGACUCUUUGACCUUUCACUCAAUCAGCCAAUUUUCUGGCCACUA